UUUAAUGGAUUAUCUUACGCAGCAGCACAAUAAUAAAUUGACAUAUGACGUCGGAUGGGUUUUUAAAGUAGGCGAGCAGACAUCCGAGAACAAUGCGCUGUUUGUUUCCAGUUAAUUGUUAAUUAUUAUUUCCAGGCUUUGCUCCGGAACUUCUGUUCGUUGUGUUGCUGCACCACUACGACAGAGUUAAUUGACGGACAAGUCAACGUGUGUAGUGUGAGAUGAUGGCUGUUUUCGAAUAUAUUCAUAUCAAUUAAUAACACAGCUUUAUUAUAAUACUACAUCAAAUGUUGGUGUUUGUGUAACUAACAAAAUAGCCAGAUAUAAGCGUAUGAAGUAAACGUGUUUCCCAGAAAUAGCCAACUUGUGCUUACUGAAGGUGCAGAGGACUUACACUCUGUGACAUCCAAGUGAGCACCCUCAUGCUAAUUGGAAAGGUCAGCAGAUUUGUUGGACGUGUGAGGUCUUGUGUUGUUAUACCAUUGGCCCGUGUUUUUACCUCCAGCAAUAUGGCAAAGAGCAAGUUUGAGUAUGUCCGCAACUUUGAGACAGAUGACACUUGUCUACGAAACUGCUACAUAGUUGUGAGGCUGGAUGGUCGAAAUUUUCACAGGUUUGCAGAGCAGCACCAGUUUACAAAGCCAAAUGAUAACAGAGCCUUGGGCUUGAUGAGCAGGAGUGCACACUCUGUGAUGGAGGAACUGGAGGAUAUUGCCAUAGCUUAUGGUCAAAGUGACGAGUUCAGCUUUGUUUUCAAGAGGAGCUCCACUUGGUUUAAGAGGAGAGCCAGUAAGCUCAUGACCCACGUGGCCUCACAGUUCUCCUCCUCAUAUGUCUUUUACUGGAAGGAGUUUUUCGGGGAUCAGCCCAUCCUGUACCCGCCAAGCUUUGACGGACGUGUGAUCCUGUAUCCUAGUAACCGUAACCUUAGAGAUUACCUCAGCUGGAGGCAAGCAGAUUGUCACAUAAAUAAUCUGUACAACACAGUGUUUUGGACGUUAGUACAGAGGGCAGGACUCACCACAGCUCAGGCAGAGGAUCGCCUGAAGGGAACAUUAGCUGCAGAUAAAAAUGAGAUCCUGUUUUCAGAAUUUGACAUCAACUACAACAAUGAAUCUGCCCUCCACAGGAAAGGCACCACUCUCAUCUGGGAAAAGCGAAAUGAAACUGUCACUAAACGCAUGAAGCCUCCACAUGAAGAGGAGAAGCACGUACCUGUGAUUCGCAGCAGGAGAAGGGUGCAGGCCUACCACUGCGACAUUAUAGGAGACCAGUUCUGGGAAGAACACCCAGACAUCCUGGAAGAUGACAACUGCUAACAGCUCCACUCCUGAUGGAGGAGCAUGACUCAGAAAUCAGUCUGGCCAGAAUGGUUGAAGUGGACCCAUAUUAGCAGUGACUCUUGGGGGACAGCCACAGCUUGAUGUCACCCAUGACGUUAAGUACCUGUGAAAGCUUUGAAAGAGCUUUUUCUGAGACUGAAGCCUUUGAUGAUUGACUUUGUACAGUUACUUAUGUUCAUGUAUUAAACUUCUCUCAUAAUCUUCCCUUAAAGUAAGAAGUUAUCUGCUUAAAUUGCAUGUUGAUGUCUGUCAUGUUCAGAGGGAAGCAGAUGAUUUCAUAAUCUUUUGUAUGCACAUGCACAACAAUCCCACACUGACACAGACAUCCACACACUCAUCUCCAGCCUAGUCCAGUGAAUUGUCUAAAGUUGCUUUCAAAAAAUUAUCCUAAUUUGAUAUCACGAAUGGCAUUUAUAAUACUACCAUUACUUGAUCUUUCUGUGUGUUUAGCAUGAUUCCUCUCCUCUGGCUUUUCUGCUGAGGGGGUUUCUUCUUGGUGUGGGCGUUUUGAAUCUCAGCUAUCAUUUAAUUUUUUUCAGGGAUUAGAGCUCCCAUAGCAUUAAUUUUAAUGAUUCAGGAAGCCUGUCUGCAAAAUGUUCAAUAUUACUUACAGUUUAUAGUGAGAUAAAGUAAGAGCUUAUCUCAGGUAGAAAUAAACAGAGUAAAGCAGAAACGAAUACCUCUGCAGUAACGAGUGGCCUUGUCUUGCAGCCAGGACACCAUUUAGAGAUGUGAAUGGAUUCAUCGGCCUGCACUGUCAUCAGUGCUAAGAAUACCUCACACACCCUGUGUACACUCUAUCCUUCUGACAUGUGCUCUCUGGCACAUUUAUCAUCACACUUAUAAAUGACCGGCUCAGUAUGAAUGGCUGCUGGAAGCUAGACGUGGUACUGUAUUUUGUUACUGUAGUAGGUUACUGGCGGGUGCUAGAGCUGUAUUUUUGGUUCUGUGACCUUGUUAAAAGCAUGUACCGUACUUUAUGUAACCAGGAUUCAACUCCUUCUAUUGGCAUGCAGAAUCAAAUACAUUAAUAUAGGUCUGUUUGUUUUAAUCAGACCUCUAUAAUGAGUAGAUGUACAAAAACGCUUUUAUAAUAACAGAGGUGGCUCUUAUGUUGAUGACAUAAACCAGCUUUCUCCUUAGAUCCAUUCUCUUGGGCCACUGCCAAACUCAGCUCUUACAGUGACUCAACAUAUGGCUUCAUGGAGGAGGAGAAAUGGUAGAAACCAGAGCAUGUGGCAGUUGUGCUGUUAUUUAAAGAGAACAUGUAUUUACAUGCAGGGCCUAUAAUUAGGCCUAUAGGCAUACUGGUUGGAAAAUGUAGAUGAAAUAAUCCACACUACCUCACAAGAAUUGUACUUUAUUGCCUCUUUUUUUCCCCCACAUGGGGGAAAAAAAAAAAAAAACACUGAACUGUCAACAAAUUGGUGCUAACAUGACUGUUGUUAGCAGUUACAGCAAAAUAAAAUCCACUGUACACAACUACAAUCGACUCAGUAAAUUUAAAAUGAUAGCAUAUGUUUUCACUUGCUAAGGAGCCGCUCCAAUAACUCAAUAUAGCAAGAGUAGAUAUUUAAGGCAAUUUAAAUUGUGUCAACUACAAGGCUAACAGUUGGGAUAGCCAUCUUGAAAUAAUAUAUGAACACAGUAACAUGAAAUUCUUCUGUUUUUUCAUUCUCAUUUCUCAUUUUAUACUGAAACAGAAUUCAAAAAUGCACUCCAUCAAUGUUACAAAAUUUAACUGAAAUGUAAUAGUCACAGGCAGUAAUAUUCAGGUGGUGAAGACUCUGGUGGAGCCUGAGGAGAUAACCCUACUGAUGUCAUCUGGGUUAUCUUGGUUUGGGCUUAAAGACCACACAUUUAAAAUAGAGAGCCUUUGUUACAAACUGGAGGCAUUGAGUCAGAAAGUUGUUGGUAUUAACCAGGCAGGCCAGGGGGGAAAAAAGUAAUUAGUUGCAUGAGGGGAAAUGUAAGAUCCAGCAUUUUUUGGAACUUUGCCCCUUUACUAGUAAUUCAAAAUAAAGAUGUUUUAGACUCUCCUGCUUAAAUUCCAACUCUUGUUUCUUUUAUCUGUAGCUUCAUACUUCCCAAACCUUACAGUGCAAUAGUAAAUCACUGGAGUAACCUAUCACUUUAAGAAAUAGUGAUAACAUGAAAAACUGCAGGUUGUCCUCUAACAACCCCUUCAACUUAAAACUGCUUUGCUGUGGGAUGAUGAUUAUUUAACUAUCAUGCUUAUAAUGAUAAUCUUUAUUGUUAUUAUUAAUUAAAAGCAAAAAAUAGACAAUUUUGGCUAAAACUGCGCAUUGCUCCUUCACCAAGUAUAAGCGCGAUGUUAAGUUGCUUUUUAUCCAUAAUUUCUUCAUUGUCUUGCUCACCUCUCGUCUUCUCCCUGAGCGUGUAACGCAGGGGAGGGGUUGAAUAUGAGAGAGCGCCUUGACUCUGCAAGAAGCCAAAUAUCUCAUUCAGGGAGCAGCAGCAGCAGCAGCAGCAACGGCGGGAGAGGCGGCGGCCUAUCGCGAUGUCACACCGGCGGCGUUUUCUCCAUCUUAUGUGAAACACCCAGACACGUUUACCGCACAUUUAUGUCUCAGUUCAGCGAAUUCAUUUGGAGCCGUUUGUAUUUAGAAUGCGUCCAGGAGCACGUGCCCCUCCUCUUCACGCCGCGCGGUCCUCCCUGUGUGUGUGUCUCUUAGUCGUUUUCUUCCACUGUGUUGUGGCUGCAGGCGCUGUGUAUGAUGG